CCAAGGUAGGGCAAUCGGGGCUACAGCCCGCCCCCCGACGCCGAGCUGCUGUGUGAAGCCUCGUCUGUGCAGCUGGUGGUAAAGGGGAUAUAGGAGCAAGCCAAAAAAAACCAGGACCCAGCGCCGUGCCGCUGUGUGCCCACCCCUCGUCUCCCGGCACCAAGGCUGCUGGAGCCCGGGGUGUUUUUUCCUUGUCCUCGCCACUUCCCAGUCCCUGGCCCAACAUGAUACUGACCAAAGCCCAGUACGACGAGAUAGCCCAGUGCCUAGUGUCUGUGCCGCCUACCAGGCAGAGCCUGAGGAAGCUGAAGCAGAGGUUCCCCAGUCAAUCGCAGGCCACUCUGCUGAGCAUCUUCUCCCAGGAGUACCAGAAACAUAUCAAAAGAACACAUGCCAAACAUCAUACUUCCGAGGCGAUCGAAAGUUAUUAUCAGAGGUACCUGAAUGGAGUGGGAAGAAAUGGAGCUGCCCCAGUGCUCCUGGAGCUGGCCAAUGAGGUGGACUAUGCACCCUCAUUAAUGGCUCGGAUUAUACUAGAGAGGUUUCUACAAGAGCACGAAGAAACUCCACCCUCCAAGUCUGUUAUAAAUAGUAUGCUACGGGACCCUUCUCAGAUUCCAGAUGGAGUUCUAGCAAAUCAGGUCUAUCAGUGCAUCGUGAACGACUGCUGUUAUGGACCACUGGUAGACUGCAUCAAACAUGCCAUUGGUCAUGAGCAUGAAGUCCUGCUGAGAGACUUGCUUCUGGAGAAAAGCCUGUCUUUCCUAGAUGAAGAUCAGCUCCGUGCCAAGGGUUAUGACAAAACACCAGACUUUAUUUUACAAGUUCCAGUUGCUGUAGAAGGGCACAUAAUUCACUGGAUUGAAAGCAAAGCCUCAUUUGGUGAUGAAUGUAGCCACCAUGCCUACCUGCAUGACCAGUUCUGGAGCUACUGGAAUAGUGUUCCUUCAUGUGCAGGAAAACAGCACCCCAAAACUCAGUACAUUUUUAGAUGUUCAUGGCCCACUCAGAAAGAAGGUAAAAAGUAAAACUGAGUCUUGAAUUCAGCAUUGAUCAUGUAAAUUUUUUCAAAUCAGCUUCACGUUCAGCUUUGUUUUCUGAACUGCCUGCUCACAGUUUUCUUCACGCUUUCCUAGAUUUCCGAGACCCCAGUGUGCUCAAGUUGAAACCUCCUUCUGGAGCCUUCCUAUUGUUUGUUUACCUAUAUGGGAUAAGUAUUUCCAAAUACAGACUCAUUUUCCUUUCAAAACUGCAGCAGACUGCUGAAUCUCCUUCACUCACAUAUUCAUUCAUUUAUUCAUUGCUGUGUGUUGGGUACUCUGGUAGGCAUUGAAAAUCGAAGGUAAGCGUGGUUCCUAACCUCAGCGCGCUUACAGGCUGGUAAAACGAACAAAAAUGUCAAAUGGAGAAUUUGUGCGUUAAGCUCAGGAAGUGGGCACAGGGUUCCCCGAAUGGGAAUAAGUCACUCAAGCCAGACGGAGUGGGAAAGUCCUGAGUUCGGUUAUAAGAGAAGCACAGAAAUUUUCUAAGUAGCUGGUUAAAAGGCAGACCGUGUUGUAUGUUGCAAAGGUGUAGAAGCAUGAAAAUGUAUAGUGUAUUCAGGGAAUUAUAAGUACUUUGGUAUUUCCAAGGUAAAAAUUGUGUCAGCAAAUAGAGGGGUUGAGACUGGAAAAAUGGGAGCCAGGUCAUGAAGGGAAUUGGGAGAAAUCGUGUGGGCCUUGGGAGGGGGGCGGGGGGUGCUUUGAAAUAUUUUCAUCAGGAAAGUAGCGGUUUUUAAAGAUCAUAUGGAGAGCAAUAGGAGGGAUAGAUUAGAAAGAAAAACCACUGAGAGUUAGGGUACUAUUGCAAAUCCAUUUAAGAAGUAAGAGAGAAAAAAAGGAAGUGUGAGGCAGCAAAUGAUUUAAGAAGAGGAUACAUCCUGGAGCCCAGAGACCACCCAGGCGGGCUUGCUCUGCUGCUUACUAGCUGGGAAGCCAUGGGGCCCGUCCCUUAACUUCUCUGAGCCCCAGUUUCCUCAUUUCGAAAAUGGGGUAGUAAUAAACUUCACUUUCUAGAAUGCUGUGAGAAUUAAGUGGGUGUAUAUGUGUGAAGUAGGUAGAACCAUGCCUAGUACAUAGUAACCACUUAAUAUAUGGUAGCUAUUGUCAUUAUUCAUUGUUAAACAGUAAUGGCUAGGACUCAGGAUACAGCAUGAAUUUGAAGCCAAUUAAAAUGGGAGACCUCGGAAACGAUCUUGGUAAGGUUGUAGAGGAGGGCACUCAGCCGGUUCGUAGUCCGCCACUUGGCCUAAACACGUAAAGACAGUCUGUGUUCCACAGAGUUCCUUCCUGAUACCGCGUUCUAACUGUGCAGCUUUUGUGUCUUAGUCGUAUCACAUUCAGUCACCAAAACAGCCCCAGCAUUUCUGCCUCUCCAUCAGUGGUUGCUGCCGUAAGGGACCCUAUGACUUCUGUGCUUGAGACCUAGUAAUGGCGUCAGUGGUACACGCACCCUCAGUACCCCGUGGUGUGAGAGAAACCACGAGGCAGUACAGAAACCCAUUGCUUAAAUAUUUUUCCUUCUAUAGAAACAUUUUCCAUUGUGAAUUUUUUUUAAAAAAGAGCCUCUGAAAAUUUGGGGUUUCUCUCUUUUCUUCCGAAUUUACUGAGCCUUCACAAAAUUCAUCUCCAGGUGAUUAACAGUCGGGCACUCUGCAGACAUCUUUUCCUCUUCUUGAAUGGGAAAAACCAAAGUCUUUGGCACUCUAUUCUGAUAUUUGUAAAAGGGAAUUCUACCAUGAGGGACCUAACAGAGAAGAGCCGCCUUUCUCUGCAGACUUUUGGGAGCAACAUGGGCUUCAAGGGAGAUGGAGGCUGCCUGCCUAGUGCCCCUCCCAGACCCCAUGGUCUGUUCCCGCACGGCUGUUCGUUAUCUGGUUUCUUCGAAGGGGAAGCACAAGUCCACCUGCCAUGCUGACAUUCUUUCCAUAUUUGGUCCAGACGCCAGAGGAUUAUUGGGCCCGAGUCCCUGUCUCUAACUGCAUCUAAGGGUCUAGGUCUCCCUCAGAGCGGGCCAGUGUGAUCUGGUUGAGUAAGAACACCUACUCUCUUUCUCCGUAUAACGUGCCAAAUGAAUGUAAGCUGCUCAAAGGCAAGCUUCACUCGUUCAGAAGGUACACAUUGAGGAUCUGCCGUGUUCAUGGUUCUGGGCACCAGGAACGCAGCAAUGAGCAAGACAGCUGUGGGCCCUGUCCUUGGGGAGCUCAGGGUAGGAUGUGAAAGACAGAACAUAAGCAAGGAAAUGAAUACAUUCUUCUCAAAUCAUGAUAAAGUGAUCAGGCAAGGUUUUUCUGACCUACUGAAGUAAAAUGCAUCUCGAUAAAUGUUUGAGUUGAACUGCAUUCUACCAGAUUGAACUGGAUCCCUCUGCACUUCAGACUUAGACUAUAACUUUGAAGAUGGCCUUCAAGUGUACUCCCAUUUUGUGCACAGCUCUUUUUAGCCUCUGUGUUAUUUGAGGCAUUGAGUAUUUAUAAUUAUAGGAUAAUCUUUGUGCUAUGAAGUUUUCCUGGUUAAAAAAAAAAAAAAAAAUGGCUCUUGACCUGGAUGUUAUAGUGUCUAGCUUCCUACAUCACCAAAGCAGCUGAGCACCUAUAAUGUCCUUUCCCACUGCUUUUGUAUACAACUGUAAGCCUGUAAGUAGAAAGGGUGGAUAGGUUGUCGUGUUCUUAUUGUCUGUAUGCUUAAGGGUAUACAUAUGACCAGAUGAUGAAAAGUAGAUCUUAAUGACAACACGGCCAGCACAUACAUGCAGUUCAAACAUCACAGGUUUCGUGAACAUUACAAUAGAGCUAAAGGGAAGAAAUUUGCAGUUUCGCCAGCCUUUGUAACAGCAGUGAUUCACUUACGCCACUAAAAUGUUUACAUUAAGUGCAACACUUCAUUUGUUAUCAGCCCAUAGCAAGGACCCUAUAAAAAUAAGUAAAUUUGUGAUUGCUUUCCUUUAAACACCCACUCUGUGAUAAGUAGUGAACUUCCAAAGACAUGAUGCCGACCUGAGUCAGCUUAUUGUAUCACCUUGUAAAUUCAUUUAACAAUUCAACUUUGGUAUCUAUUACAGUCGGAAUAAUCCAAUUAUGACCUCACUGUUAUAUUAAACAACCGUUACUUUCUAAAAACAUGCAUGGUCCACUGGGGAGAACUCUAAACUCCAACCAAUCUAUGGAACUUUCAAAAACAACUGUUAGCCAGUUUGCUUUCUCAUAUAAUUAUCCUCUUUUGAUACAGAUUAUAUGUAUCUACCAAAAUUUUGUAUGAAUGUGUCAUUUUCACAUACUCUUAGUGUGUGUUAAAGGUAGAAUUGAUUGAUACCACUUAAAUUUAUUCAUUUGAACUAUUAACUUAUUAAAAAGUUCUCAAAUCAUAGGACACAGAAAUGUAUACAGACAUCCUAUUCAUAAAUGUGCCAUAGUUCUUAAAUGAUUCUUUAAGUUAAUUUUUAAUACACCUGUUAAGCUUUUGAAAUAAAUGAAUCCCUGGUAUUCUUGUUCUUGCUACUAUUUUUUUGAGCAGGGGGGUGAAGGAGGGGGGGAUAGUGCAAGCUGGGGAGGGGCAGAGAGAGGGGGACAGAGGAUCCCCAGGGGGCUCUGCACCAACAGGCUGACAGCAGUGAGCCUGAUGCAGGGCUUGAACUCACGAAGUGUGAGAUCACAACCUAAACCAAAGCUGGACACUCAACCGCCUGAGCCACCCAGGUGCCCCAUGUUUGCGACUAUUUUAAGCACUCGGGAUCACUCUGUGUGUGUGUGUGUGUGUGUGUGUGUGUGUGUGUGUGUGUAAUGUGCUUUCUAAAUAAAACGCAUCAUUUUUAGGGAAAUUUAAUUUCCAAAAUAGAGAUUUAGAAAAGUUAUAAUUGUACAGGGUAAUAAUUCUUAUUGUCAUUUUGUAAUAGAAUUUUCUCUAAAGUAGAAAAUCAUGUUAUGGAUUCCUCUGCCAUCCCCUCACCUACCCCAAUCACUCCACUGGACAAAUGGAACUAGAGAUUAUAGUCUUCACACAUUAAAUAUGUGCUUGAAGAUUAUGUCUUUUGAAAUGCACCUAAAUAUUUGGGAACCGAAAUAAGAGGCAUAAUAAGAUUUGCCUGUCCCUGUCAGGUUCCUACUAGUUUGGUCUUUAAAUCCAUCCCUAGCUUUUCAUUCAUUUCAUCCUGUCACUCAAGUGGUCCCUGAGCAGCCAUGACCAGGCACUCUCCAGGCCUGUGAAUACGGAGAUUCCCCAAAAUACAACUUGUGCUCUCAACAAGCUGAGUGUAGCAGGGGAUACAGACCAGUAAGCCAAAUGGCACAUACAUCAGCAGUUACAGCAUGGAAAGGGCUGGGAAUGAGAUGUGCUCAUUGUACAAAGUGGAAGCUCAGGAGACUCAUUCAUGUAAGCCCCGCUUAGAGUGGAGAGACUAAUGAAGGGGGAACAGUGUUUGGAACAGAAGGGACAGCAUGUGCAGAGGCAUAGAAGCGUGAAAAAGUGGAAGCUGUCAACAGUAUGAUUAGAGCAUAAGGAACACGAGCCAGAUUAAGGAACUUGUGUGAUGCCACAGACAUCAAACUUUGUCUAAGCCACAGUGUGGAAGACACAUUAGAGGUGUUGGGUUUAUGGCGGGGGGUGGGAGGGGGGUUGUUUGAUUUUUUUCAUUUUUUUGUUUUGAGGUAUAGAAAUAUAAGAAAGACUAGGGAAGAGAAACCCAGAGAGGGGUUAUUGCUGAAGUCAGGUGUGGAAUGGAAAAGGAACAAGAAGCAGUUCAGUGGAGAGGAAAAAAAGGAAACAUCAGUAUUCAGGAUAUGUAUUGUCCUAUUCCUCUUGGUUGAAAAAUGUGAGAGGGGCGCCUGGAUGGCUCAGUCGGUUGAGUAUCUGACUCUUGAUUUUGGCUCAGGUAAUGAUCCCAGGUUGUGGGAUCGAGCCCUUUGUUGGGAUCCAUGCUGGGUGUGAAACCUGCUUAAGAUUCUCUCUCCCUCUACCCCUCUCCCCUGCUUGUGCGCUCAUUAUGUCUCUCUCUCCCUCUGUCUCUCUCUCAAAUUAAAAAAAAAAAAUGUGAAUUAGAAAGUAGAGUAUUUAUAAUUGGAGUAAAACUCAGAAUGCUGAGUAGCAUGUAAACCAUUUGCCCUUUUCAGUGUCCAAUUUAUUUGCAAUGGGACUUGAACCAAGGGCUUCUGAUUUCUGAUGUUCUGUGUUCUUUUCCUUAAUGCUUCAUCUAUAGCAAAUGGAAACAAAUAAAAAUAAUCUGUUGUUCGUAUCAUAUAUAAAUAUAUAUGUAUACAUACACAUGUAUGUAUAUACUUAGACACUUUGUAAUAAGGGAAAACAAGACAGUAACUAAAAGUUGGAACAUUUUCUACCAGAAACCCUUAUGAAAUGUGUUUCUAAAGAACAGAAACAUUUUCAAAUUGUUGGCAGUUGUUAGCAAUUAGUACAUUUUUUAAAAAACCAAGAACACACUUUAUGCACUGUAUGUUAGCCAAUAUGACAAAUUAUAUUUUAAAAAAAUAAUAAAAUAAAUAAAUGGAUGCUGAUUAAGAAAAAUAUUUCAGUCAAUGUGUGUUUCCUCACCUUCAACAAUGAGUAGCAAUGUUUGUAAAAUGUUUGUUAUAUUAUCUCUCUAAAUAAAAGUUGGUGGUUCCCAUAACCCUUAUGACAAACAUUUCUAGGUGAAAAAAUAGUUUGCUUUUUAGGUCAUUGCUAAAUCAAUUUAGUUUUAAAGCAUUUAUCUGCAGUUAGAAUGGUUCACAUAAAAAGAACUAGGCAUUGCAUGGCUUCCACUGGCCCAGGGUUUUCAUUCAAUCCGUGCCCUUUUUUACAAGUAAAUUUUCUUAAAGUUGUGGUUUUCCGCUCACUUUCAUUCAUAAAGGUUGGUGUCUCUAUUCCCUUGAAAAACUCCAUGAAUUCAAUUGCUAGAAUUAAGCAGGAUUAAAAAAAAAAAUCAUACAUUUAUAGACUCUACAGCCAGCCAACUCCUCCUAUAGAUAUAACCACAUUUUACUGGUGAGGAAAUGAGGCCCAGUGAGAUUCCGUCACUCAGCAUCAAAUUCCAUGUGGGUCGGGCAAAACAUUGAAAAACAGAAAGGACUGGAAUUAACAUUUAUGGUAGGAAAUGUUUUAAUUUCACAAGUCUUUCAUAUCCUAUAUCUGCUGUCAAUCACGCCGACAUAGAGAACUCUUUAAAUACUAAAACACUUUUCUUAAUAAUGAGUAGCAACCAUUAAUAUUAUUAGCCUCCAACUCCAGCCACCUGCCGACCCAAUAUAGGACCUGAGGAUGUUUCGUGCUGAGCCUGGUUCCCUUGUUGCUAUGAGGAGUACCCAGUGCAUUAAGAUCAGUUAAUGAUGAGAAAAGAAUUAAACAUGAAGGGAGACGGUCGAGAAACUAUUUACAUCCUUAGUUACAAUCCAAGAAGCAGUAAAGAGGAGGUGAAAGGGCACAGGUUUGGACGAGGGGAAGGUCAAGUGUGAUUCCCAUCUUUCACACAAUCAUUAAUGUGGCCUUGGGC